AUGGCUACUAAGUAAUAAAGCAUCGCUCGCUAGCAAUAGUAUAAUUAAGCAUCUGAAAAUUAAAAGCAAAAGGAACAAAAAGGAUAAAAUAAGAUUACAUAGAGCAGGAGUUCAUCUAAAAGAAAUUCAUAGUAAUCACUAUCAAGUAGCAAAUAAAGCUCUAGGCAAAGCAAUCAAGAAAUGAAACCCAUUUAAAUCAGUUAGCCAAUCUAAAACUCUAUAAUUGCUUAAGUUAAUCAAAAAGGAUAGCCUACUGUUCAAAAUACGAAAAUCUAAGAGUAAAAGCCACUAAAAAAGAAAUAGUCUUUUAUAGAAUUGCUUUGCAGAUGUUUUUUGGGAUCUUCUCAAAACAGUUUGCAAUAAUAGAAUGAUGAAAAAUCUACUCAAGAAGAAAUAGAGCAUAAGCAAUUAGGACCAUAGUUUGAACAUGCAAAAGGCAAAAAAACAUUAAUUUUAGACUUAGAUGAAACUCUUGUGCACAGUUCAUUUCAGCCAAUGGGUAACUCAGACUACACCCUUUCAAUUAAAGUACAAAAUAUACCAUUUACUAUACAUGUCAAAAAGAGACCUGGUGUUGAAUAUUUCUUAGAAAAGGCUAGUGAAUAUUUCGAAGUUGUAAUUUAUACAGCCAGUCUAGCAGAAUAUGCUGACCCUGUAUGUGAUUUAAUUGACCCAAAAAGAUAUGUGUCAUAUAGACUCUUUAGAGAAAACUGUACAAAUUAUUAAGGAUUAUUUGUUAAGGAUUUAAGCAAGAUUGGAAGAGAUAUGAAAGAUAUUCUGAUUGUUGAUAAUUCUGAAACAUCCUUUUUGUUCUAGCCAGAAAAUGCUAUUUAAAUAUCAAAUUUUUUCUAAGAUGAUAAUGAUAGAGAACUCUUUAGAAUGUUACCUUUCCUCUAAUUUCUUUCUGAGGUAUAAGAUGUUAGAACAACUAAAAGUUGGAUGGAAAAAUACUUAAACUAAGAUUAUAUUGAAUAUAUUAGCAUGAAAGGAGAGCACAUUAGAUUUAAUAAAAGACUAUAGUUAAAAAAGCAGAGAAGCUUACUAUAGCACGAAGGUUCAACUGUUGCAUUAAUGUAACAGCAAACUGCUAGUAUUAGUAGAGAUGAUUCUUAGGUCAUGAUCAAUCAAAUAUCUACUAAGAAUACAAAUAUAAACAGCAAAAAUAAUACUUUAGUGGAAAACAAUUUAAAUCUUGAAGCAUAAAAUAACUAGAGUAAAAAGCCAUCUGUAAUAAAUGAUGAAAGCAAUUCUCCCGAUGAAGAAAAUUUAUAAAAAAAUAAUUACAAUAACAGCAGUAAAACUUUAACUGCAAGUGGAAGUACAUAAAGUGGAAUUGGAAAGAAAUAUAAGAAGAAAGAUCUUUAAAUCUAAGUACCAUAACAAGAAGAUAAAAUUAAAUAAUAAAAUGAGUUAAAUGAAGAUUAGUUAUAAUAGUAAAUGCUAUAGGAAUAUGAACAAAAAAUAGGCUAAUAAUAAAACAACUUGAAUUCUGUUCGUAAUAAUAAACUAGAAUCAACUCGUAAAUUGUUAGAGAAGGGGACACCUAGGACAGAUGACUAUUUUGUUCAUAAAACAUGUCCUGAUGAGGAAUAUCAGGUGAAAGAUCCUAAUAGAUUAAAUAAAUCAUUUGAAAAGCAAAGAUAUGACAUUGGUAUGUUUAACUUAAACUCUCCUAUUGCUUAAAAAGAUUUUAUAGAUUUUUUGAAAGAGCCAAUUUAGACUUCACCUAAAUUAAAUAAAAUUAGUUAAUAUUUCUAAGCUUCUAAAAACAGUUAACCACCUCCAUCAAAUAAAUAUUGUGAUAAUUUUAAACUUAAAUUACUCAUGUAGUAAACCUAAUAAAUACAAGAACAAGAAAUAGAAGUGGAUCCUAGUUCUAUUUAGAUAGAUUAGAUCAUUUUGGACAGAAACCACAACAAUUAAUCAAAUAAUAAGGAUUAUGAAUUUGAUAAGUAAGUAAAUCCUAAUAAAAAAUGUGAAAUCAUAGAUUUUACAGAUGAUAACAUUAAGUAUUGA